AUGCGCACAUUCUUAAAGUCAUUCACGUCAAGCGCGCCGCAUCUCGCAGAGCUAUACAUGGAUCUACAAUCGAAAGCGGUCUUACAUGGCCGUGACAAUCCCUUCCCUAUUCCUCCACAUAUGUUCAACGACGAGUCCUUACAAAGCUUGCGAUUCGUGAAGUUCAAUCACGUUCAUAUAAGACAGCCACACACCUUUAUCUGGCCCAAUCUCCGUCGUAUCGAGCUCACCGAAUCACGGUCAUGGGCUAGUCCUACGAGCUUCGUGGCUUUCUUCAGUGGCGUACCUCUCCUAGAGGAAUUCGUUUCUCGGAACAACGAGCUGUCGAGAGGGGAAGGUAGUUGGGUCAAUGCGACACACGUAUCGGAUCUUCCACCUCUGCGCAGUGUAACAAUGGAGCACCUCAAGGUCCUCAAGCUUCACGGACCAUACCGCGACAUGUUCCUCGCGCUGGCCACACUUAACAUACCCUGCACCGCCCUGGUGUCGCUCACGCUCUCUGGAAUCUGGCUCGCAGACAACCAGGAGGCGAAGAUGCGGAUUGUGCACGAGGCUGUGCAGGCCCAUUUCGCCCAGGCCACAGAAGACGGCGCCUAUUUCGACAGCGUUGCUUUUGAUGGACGAACGAUGUCUGCCUCUCGUCCCGUUCAAGGCGUUCUCUCACGCUGUCUACCCACCUCCUUCACGCUCAGCAUCCCUCUACUCCAGUAUACCGACCACGAUCCGAGCAAUGACCGCCAACUACUUGAAACAUCUUUCGCACAUCCCAUCUUCUAUCGCGCCACCUCCCUCACGAUCCAAUCGCUCGACAAAUGCGGUACAUCCGGCUCACCCCACCGUCUCGACAGCUUCUACUUUGACGAGCUGCGACGUAUCUUCGAGCUUUAUGCUCAUGUUCAUACUCUCAAGGUCAUCGGCGAAGACGUCUGUAGCUACGUCGCGAACAUCGUCUUACCUGAUGGACAAAGACCGCCAAAUCUCACCGUGCUGCGGAUAUAUGGGGCACAGUUCACUUCAGUCGCGGCUCCUCCCGAGGCGAAUCUCGUCCUUGCAGCCGUUCUGUUGCCCUGUCUACUUCGUCUCGGCGAGACGUUCGAACUUCUGCAUCUUCACGGGUGCGCGCUUGGGGAGAAAGAUGUCCGAAUGCUGCGCGAAGGACUCGGCGAAGGCAGGCUGUCUUUGGUGGACAAUCACAGUGGGAUUGGAGGGCAAAGAUAG